GACCAAGUUUAGCAUUAAACAAAAUCAUUUUCUCUCUCUUCCUCCCCUCUCAUUUUCGUCCAUUUCUCUCUCCCUCUCUACUCUCACUAUUUUCUUUUCAAUCCAUCAUGGAAGAACACUCCAAAGCUUCUAAACACAUAGAUCCACCAUCACCAUUCCUAGAGCUAGCCUUCAAUCACCAAGAAUCAAGAGAAUGAUCAAGCUAGAGUUUCCAAACCAAAGUGGAUCAAAGAGUUCGCCAUUUUCUUAAAUAUUGAGGGUCCGGGCGACAGGAAGUGAAGCCGAAGAAGAAGCGACUCCACGCUAGCUUAAGAACGUUUGUGGUUGCGUAUGAACACACGAUCUCACGGAAAUCGUCUUUUUGAGUUGGACCCUGAAAUCAACGCUACGUUGCGCACUCUCAAGAAACAGAAGAACCAAGUUGAGACAGAUACGAUGGCUACUCCUGAGCAAAUCCAAAUUCGAGCUCUGCAAGAGCAGUUCUGAAGCAUGGAGCAUUAUUGAUAGUAUGGCUUCUACGAGCUACCAAUGGCCAUCUAAGCGAAUACAAUUGAAGAAGCUUGCAGCUGCGUCCAAUUCUGAUCCUAUUGCAGCAAUGGUUACUCAACAAGCAGCGAUGGCUACACAGCAGACAGCGAUGGCUACACAGCUGGCAGAGUUGACUACGAAACUUGGUGAGUUGAAUGUUGGACGUCUUGAGCAAGCUGUGAUAGACCCGUCAGGCAUGGUAGAUGUCAAUUAUGUUAAUGACAGAAACUAUGAGAAUUUCCAGCGAGGACAGCCAGGAAUGUAUAGCAGAGGUCAGCAAUAUCAACAGGGUCAGCAGCAGUUCCAGCCAGGAGCACGCCCGCAUCCUAAUCUUUCUUACGGCAAUCCGAACAAUGCUUUGCAGCCUCCACCUGGGUUUUCUGUGUCUAGUGGAGGAGUUAUCAAUGAGCCGAAGAAGGGAUUGCUUGAGGAUAUGAUGCAGCAGGUUUUAACAGAGGUGUCUAGUAUGAAGACAACUGUUAAUACAAGGAUGACCAAUUUGGAGUCUCAAGUGGGUCAUAUUGGAAAUAAUUUUUCAGCACUGUCCAAGCAAGUGCACAUAUUGGAGACUCAAGUUGGUCAGAUGGCCAACCAAGCAGCUGCGCAGCACAAGUCGGGCCAAUUCCCGAGCAACACUACUGUCAAUUCAAAGGGCCAAUGCAAUUCUAUUUUCGAUGGCACUCUGUCUCCAAAAGAUAGGAGAAUGAGCAAGGAGAACGAUCAACCAAGUGAGGAACCAUACAAGGCUCCUAUUCCACUUAGGGAAUACAUCCCAAAGGUUCCAUUCCCCCGUAGGCUGAUGAAGAGGGAGGUGCUUGAAGAGCAAUGUGCUGUGCAGCCGAGCAAAAAGGUGGAUGUCAAGGAAAUCAAGCUGGAGGUCUCCCAUUGUAAGAAUGAGAAAAAAAUUGCUAAUCCCGAGGAGACAGAGCAUAGACGUAUAGUGGAUGAGCUAGAGAGACUACUUGAAGAAUCAGACCGACGUGCACAGCCUCAAACUCUCUCACAAUUGCAGGAUCCCAAGGAGAAAGAAGAAAAGGUAGUUGUUCACACCAAGAAGAUGGGUGAUGAGGAUGAGAAAAUCCCGCAGGCGAAAGCUGUGUGCACUGAGCUGCCAAUGAAGCUACUUUCGAAGAAGAAAGAUCCGGGUAGCUUCACCAUUGAGUGCGAGAUUGGAGGAGAGCUAUUUCCCGAGGCUCUUUGCGAUUUAGGGGCUAGUGUCAAUGUGAUGCCCAUCUCUGUUUUCAAGCGGUUGGGAAUUGGAGAUCUCAAGCCGACCUCGAUGGAGAUUCAAAUGGCGGAUAGAUCAAGAGUGAAGCCGAGAGGAAAGCUUGAAGACAUCUUUGUGAAGGUUGACAAGCUGGUAUUCCCUACGGAUUUCUUGGUCCUCGAUAUUCCUGAAGAUGCAAAUCCGCUGUUGAUUCUUGGUCGAUCAUUCUUAGCUACGGGGAGGGCUAUGAUAGAUGUGCCCAAUGGAAGCGUCGUCUUUCACGCAGCUGAUGCGCAUGAGUCCUCUGUCUCUGUUCGUGUUAGGCAGUCUGUCACGCCCUCUGCGUUUGAUGUUCAUUGAGACCAUGAGGUAUCGUCGAGCUCUAGACGUUAAAUUAAGCACUUGUUGGGAGGUAACCCAACUAUUUUUCUUUGUUUUAUUUUUUUCAUUCUUUUAGUUUCGUUUUGUUUCUUUUUGUUUCGUUGUUUUGUUUGGGGUUUUUAGUGCAGUGUUGAGCUUGGAAGAUGCGGGAACUCGCGCCUUGUUCAUAUCACCACCGUGGAGCAUGUGUUUCUGUGAGUAGUGACACACAUAUCAUCAUCCCUCCAAACUUAUUUUCGAACUUAUGUUCUGUAAUAAGUUUGGGGGAGGGGGGUGAGAGUAGAUAUGUGUAUCACUUUUAUCUUAUUGUUGGCUUUAUUGUUUUAUCCUGCUUGGUUGGUGAUGUGUGUUUGUUUUGUUUUUGAGAUGAUUAUUGCUCUAUUAGUUUCUGGUGAGAUGCCAAUGAUGAUUUCUGUGAAAAAAAAAAAAUUGGAAUUUGAUUUUUCUUUGAUGAUUUAAGCAUAAUUGGAACUAAUUUGCAUAAUUCUAGAGUGAUUUUGACCUUGAAUUUUAGACGUUGAAUAAACCUGUGAGGAUUUGAGCCAUAACUGUUUAUCAUACACAGUUUAUUCUUUAUUGUGAGUUUUGUCAUGCAUGUGGUGAUCUUCUAGAACUUGCCAUAGUUUCUGUGUCGAGGUUGCUGCUGUGCCCGGGAUUAGGAGAUGAUUUUAGGCCAUCUUUUGUUAGCCACAUUUUUUUCCCAAACACUGUCCUUAACGAAAAAUUAUCCUUUGUUAUCUACUUUGAGCCUAUUUAGCUUUUAUUCUUUAGCUGGAUGAUAGGGGGUGAUGUAGUAUAUGGGGAUCUUUAUGUGGUGAUUGUUCAAAGUGGGUUGUGAAAAAGAAUGGGAUGAUAUUGUGCUACUAUUUACUCUUAUAAGCUCUAAAAAAGUUGUGGAAAGAAAAAAAAAUUGUUGAUAAAAAAAGAAAAAAAAAAGGAAAAAAAAAAGUGAAGUCGAGUGUACAUUGAGAAAUUUGUUAGAAAAUCGACUUUGUUUGUUGGAAAUAAAUAGAGAGCAUAAAAGAGUGUUUAGUUUUGUAUGGUGAUGAUUAAAUCCCUUGAGUUGUGUUGUUUAUGGUGACAUAGUUGGGUGGAAGAUGGAAUUUAUUCCAUAUUUGAUUAGUGAAGUCAUAAGGUUGGUGUUCUUGAUCUAUUUGAGUCACUUAGCCUAUAUUUCCCUACCUUAACCAAUGUCCCUACAUUAUAACCCGAAGAAAAAGACCUUUUUGAUCUUAGUCCUGACACACUUUUAGCGAUGGAGAUUGUAGACGAUUGGCAAGCUUAUGGUAAGUGAUCUACAUUGUAUUGAAUUCGAUGAGAGCAUACACGUCCUAUCUAUUUCAUCAAAUUGAGAGUUGAGUGAUACACAUACCUUGUGAGAUUCAAUUGUUUGGAAUGUCAAGGUUGAUUUUGCUAUAGGUUGUGUUUAUUGGAGAAUUUUGUGCUUAAUUAUUGAGGAUUUGAGAAUUCUAUCAUGCUUUAUUUUUCGGAGGCAUCGAUGAGCUAGAUUUCUUACCCAUUCGUGUUAUUGAUUGUGUUCUUCUCAUUAUUCGAGGACGAACAAUGGCUUAAGUUUGGGGGAGUUGAUAACACUCAUGUUUCAAUGGUUUUAGUGUUCAUAUGAUGUCAUUUUUAUAGGAAAUUGAGUGUUGGAUGGUUGUUUUGUGCUUAAUUUGCUUUAUCUUGUGAAACACGAUUCUUACUCGAACUUUGAAGGACAUUUCAGGUUUAUUGAGUUUGAAUUUGGAAAACUCUGCUGACAUACAAGUUGUAGAUCGUCUCUAUAGGAGUUUGUGAGCGUAAACGGAUCGUAAAUCCAAGUUCGGACAAGAAAGUUAUGGCCGAAACAAACAUAUCGCGCGCAGCAGUCAGAACUCGGCGGUCAAACACCGUUGACCACCGCCCGAAGAAGGAUUUCCGGCGACCUGAACGGCGACCGCCGCCUAGGUCGCCGGGACUUCUGGAACAUUGGAAGAGACGCGGCGAUCGCCGUGUUAUGAAGGAUUUUUGUGCUUGGGCCGGCGACCGCCGGAUGGGUCGUCGGCUACCCCGAUUUUUCAACUUUUGCGCGUUUUUGGAGUUCUUCUGGGUUUCAAACACUGUAUUUUACCCUGACACUAUAAAUAGGUCUUCUUUUGACCUAUUUACGGUUCCCAACUUUUAUUUUUCAGUUUUAUAGCUUUAGAAUUUAUUUCUUUCCAGUAUUUACUGCUUGGAUUGGAUUUCCUCAAGAUUGAAGAUUCAAGCUGCUACAAUUGUUCUACUUUCGGUUUUAUAUAAUUCAGUUUUUACAA